AGAGUAUUGUCAAUGUCAAAAAAGUUUGGUUAGAUUCGUUUGGCACUUUUUUCUGAAAAAAAAAUCAAAAAUACUCCGCUGAAAUUCAAACUUUCCAUGGAAGAAGUGAAGGAAUCUCAUCAAAAACGAUGGAUUCACUUGAAAAAAGUCUUGGAACGUCCGGGUCCCUUCACGCAUCCAGAAUUCGAGCCGUCCCCGGAUAUUCUGGACUUUAUCCUGUCCACUUGCAAGAUCCUCAUUAUAGGUGCUGGGGGGCUCGGUUGCGAGCUGCUCAAAGACCUGGCAAUGAUGGGCUUUAAGCACAUCGAUAUCAUCGACAUGGAUAUUAUCGAUUUGUCGAAUUUAAAUCGGCAAUUUCUCUUCAGGCACAAAGAUAUUGGUGUGUCUAAAGCACAGGUGGCAGCGAACUAUAUCAAUGCCAGGAUAGCGGGAUGCCAAGUGACUCCCCACUGUUGCCCAAUAGAAGAUAAAAAAGAGGAUUUUUAUAGAGGGUUCCAUAUCAUUGUUUGUGGUUUAGAUUCGAUCACAGCUAGAAGAUGGAUCAACGGAAUGGUGGUUUCUUUAUUGAAUUAUGAUGACAAUGGGGUUUUGGACCAGUCAAGCAUCAUUCCUUUAGUAGAUGGAGGUACUGAGGGUUUUAAGGGAAAUGCACGCGUAAUUCUACCAGGUAUGACAGCCUGUGUUGAGUGUACUCUUGAUUUAUAUCCUCCCCAAGUCACGUAUCCCUUGUGCACCAUUGCAAAUACUCCAAGAUUGCCAGAACAUUGUGUAGAAUAUGUUAAAGUUGUACAAUGGCCAAAAGAAAACCCUUUUGGUGUUGCCCUGGAUGGCGAUGAUGCACAACACACCACUUGGAUCUAUGAAAAAGCACUAGAAAGAGCCAAUCAGUUCAAUAUACACGGUGUUACAUUUAGAUUGGUACAGGGUGUUGUAAAAAAUAUUAUUCCAGCUGUAGCUUCUACAAAUGCUGUUAUAUCAGCAGUUUGUGCCACUGAGGUUUUUAAAUUAGCAACUUCGUGUUGUACCCCUCUAAAUAACUUUAUGGUUUUCAAUGAUAUUGAUGGCAUUUACACUUAUGCUUACGAGGCGGAGAAGAAGGAUAAUUGUACUGUAUGUUCCAAUAUUCCACAUCCGGUCGAUAUCGAUGAUCCAUGUAAAAUGAAAUUAAAAGAUUUGAUUGAUUUUUUGUGUGAAAAUAUAAAGUUUCAAAUGAAAAACCCCGGCCUUACUACCACAAUCGAUGGUAAAAGCAAAACGCUGUACAUACCGACAAUUAAAAUGAUUGAGGAAAGAACCAGACCUAAUUUAAGUAAAACACUGAUCGAUUUAGGGCUUAGAGACGGCCAAGAAAUCGUAGUAGCCGACGUCACAACUCCCACAUCUGUGAUUAUUAAAUUAAGAUACACAAUUAGCGAUGUAGAAAUUAAUUAAAUUUUGAGUUUUUUAAAUAUAUUGUCAGGUGAU